AUGGGGGAAACAACGAGUUGGAUCCCAAUAUGGUUCCCUUUGAUGGUGUUGGGAAGUUUUAGUCUGAAAUGGUUGGUUAAGAAAGUGAAUGUGUGGGUCUAUGAGUCCAGCCUUGGUGAGAACAGGCACUAUCUGCCACCAGGAGAUUUGGGUUGGCCUUUCAUUGGCAACAUGUUGUCUUUCCUCAGAGCUUUCAAGACUUCUGACCCUGACUCCUUUACCCGCACCUUGGUCAAAAGGUAUGGACCUAAAGGCAUGUAUAAAGCACACAUGUUUGGGAACCCAAGUAUUAUUGUAACAACACCAGACACUUGCAGGCGUGUGCUGACAGAUGACGAUGCCUUCCGGCCAGGUUGGCCAACAUCUACAAUGGAACUUAUUGGAAGGAAGUCAUUCAUUGGCAUCUCCUUUGAAGAACACAAGCGUCUCAGGCGUUUGACUUCUGCUCCAGUCAAUGGCCAUGAAGCUCUCUCUGUCUACAUACCUUACAUUGAAGAAAACGUCAUUACCGCUCUAGACAAGUGGACCAAAAUAGGAGAAUUUGAGUUUCUGACUCAUCUGCGUAAGCUUACCUUUAGGAUCAUCAUGUACAUCUUCCUCAGCACUGAGAGUGAGAAUGUCAUGGACGCGUUGGAGCGAGAAUAUACAGCUCUUAACUAUGGUGUUCGAGCCAUGGCGGUUAAUAUUCCUGGUUUUGCUUACCAUAGAGCACUCAAGGCGAGGAAGAAACUUGUAGCUGCCUUUCAGUCCAUAGUGACUGAGCGUAGAAAUCAAAGGAAGCAGAACAAUUCAUCCAAUAAGAAGGAUAUGUUGGAUAAUCUUCUUGAUGUUAAAGAUGAAAAAGGGAAAACUUUAGAUGACGAAGAGAUUAUCGAUGUUCUUCUGAUGUAUCUUAAUGCCGGUCAUGAAUCCUCUGGCCACACCAUUAUGUGGGCUACCAUUUUCCUUCAGGAACACCCUGAGUUUCUACAAAGGGCAAAGGCCGAACAAGAGAUGAUCUUGAAAAAUAGGCCUAAGGGACAAAAGGGACUGACUCUAAAAGAAACCCGGCAAAUGGAGUUCCUAUCGCAGGUUGUUGAUGAGACACUUCGAGUCAUAACAUUCUCACUUACCGCAUUUCGGGAGGCAAAGACUGACGUUGAAAUGAAUGGCUAUUUGAUCCCAAAAGGUUGGAAGGUUUUGACGUGGUUUAGGGAUGUUCACAUGGACCCUGAAAUCUACCCGGAUCCAAGAAAAUUUGAUCCAUCUAGAUGGGAUAAGGGUUUCGUACCAAAAGCUGGCUCGUUCCUUCCUUUUGGUGCUGGAAGCCAUUUAUGCCCAGGAAAUGAUCUCGCUAAGCUCGAGAUUUCAGUUUUUCUUCAUCAUUUCAUCCUCAAAUAUCGGGUGAAACGGAGCAACACCGAGUGUCCAGUGAUGUACUUGCCUCAUACCAGACCAACUGAUAAUUGCUUGGCAAGAAUCAGUACUUAUCAGUAA